CACAUUUGUAACUGUGCGCUAGAAGAAAAAAAAAAAAAAACCUUUUCCUUUUUAUUGCUCACUCUCUCUCUUUCUCUCCACAUCUUAAAAGAGAUUCUCUGCCUACUUCAAUCUCUUUUCUGAAAUUCGUGCUCCUCCCACACACAACUGUUACCCUCCUUUGUUUUGUUUUUCAGGAUUUUUAUGCUUUUAGCUUUCUUGAAAACCCCCACCAAGCUACUAACCUAGGAUAAUGGCCGCUUGAUUUGAAUUUGGGGUGAAUUUUUUCCUUUUCAAAUGGUAUAUUUUGCUUUUAAAACAAAUGCUUGGCCUUGAGCUCCGAGCUUCAGCAGCUUGGUGAUGAAAAAAAUGAUAAAAAUGUCGCCUUUACUUGUGAUGCAACGCAUAUAGCUAAGAUCGCCGACCAUUUUCAUGGCUCAUGCUCCGACCAGCGGUAAAAAUAACUCCUCAAAUGCCAGUGGUGAAACCGAAGAGCAGCCCACGACUUUCCAUGAUUUUCUCGGCAACAAGGGCCAGGAAUCUGCUCCGGCCGCCGACAAAGGUGACCGGCCGCCGCCGGAGGUGUCCCCGUCCUCCAUUUCCGAUCUGGGUUCUGAAAGGAACACCAGUAACCAUUUAGAAGGGAUACCAUAUUACGGGCCAAGAGGCGACAUCUCCGGGCCCGAAAGCUGCAACAGGUUCACUGGCUACAAGCGAAGUAAUUCCGAUUCUUUCAUGACAUUAUCCAGAGAUAAAUUCCCUCACGGGCCUCAACCCGACUCCCAAGACAGCCCGCUUUUAACCAAAGUGAGUAAAAUCCAUUUUCUCAAAGUCUCUCACUGCCUCAUAUCUCAUUUUGAACUUAAUAUUCUUAAUACUUCGUUCUACCUCAAGCUUCUUCGGUACUCAAGUGGCGAGGGCACAAUACGCCCGCGUGAAGAGGAAACACCAUUUGGUGCAAUGCACCAAAUGCGUCCAAUCACGUCCAACUGGAACUCUGGGCACACACUGCAGUAUCCUCCACGUGUUAGUCAAGUCGGGCCUUUUGGAUAUCAGGGCCCGGGGAAUCGGGCCAAAGAGGCGAAUGCGGGCCUGCCUCUUGCUGAUGAAGGCUCGAGGACUGGGAUUAAAGGGUCUGCUGGGAUUUUGGGCCCAAUUGGUGCAGGUGGGCCCGUAUCUGGGAGGCAGCCAGCUGGCGUACUCAUAACUAGUGGUAAACAGAAAUCUGGUGUGAGCAUAUCGGAGCCCGAGUCCUCGACUAAUCCUGGUCGGCAUGGGAAGGAAUCCGGUGGUCGUCAGAUGACUAUCUUUUAUGGUGGUCAGGCGCAUGUUUUCGAUAAUGUUCCCUCCAAUAAGGCAGAUGUUAUAUUGGCGUUGGCCGGGUCAAACGGCGGAUCUUGGUCAACAACCUAUAAUAAGCCUAACUCGACUGGAAAGGCAUUGGCCAGUGACAACUCGGAAGCCACACUUGCUAUAUUGAGAGAGCUUAACGCCAGGCCAUCAGACAAAUAGUGUGAAUGCAGCUUGGAAGGAAAAAAAGGUUGAUGAGGAGGAAUGAUGACUUAAUAUAUUAUUUUCGAGCUUUUAAACGAGAGCUUUCUGCUUUUGAUGAUUGGCUGAUACUGUCUUAAAUGGCUGUUGAGAU